AUGGAUGCCUGGAUUGGCGAGGACCGCUGCGAGGAGCUUCGCGAUCUGAGCGUUGUUAACCUCAUCGUUUCAAUCGUUAUCGUCAUCGGCAUGCUCAUCAGCUAUCUCCCCCAACAUUUCCGCAUCAUCAAGCGCCGCACCUCCGAGGGCAUUUCGCCUUGGUUUGUCCUGCUCGGCACCACCUCUGGGACUUCGGCCUUUGCGAAUAUCCUGCUUCUUCCCAAGUCUCGCCAGGACGUAGCCUGCUGCAAAGAACUCGAGACAUUCCAUUGCGUUGCUGGUCUACUCGGUAUCGCCCAGCUUGGCGUGCAGUGGAUCUGCUUCGCGUUCAUUUUCGUCCUAUUUCUCGUCUUUUUUCGUUACCACUCCGCCGACGAUGUCGAAAAUGAAGAGGUUGAUGAUGAGGCGCAUCCGAGAUGGCAGACCGCAUUGUUGGUGGCGUCUUUGACCUUGCUCCAUGGCCUUGCUGUCAUCGUCGUCACCGGGGUGCUAUCUACCACGGCCAAGCAACAUCUGCCAACAUGGGCCAAUGUGCUCGGCGUGAUGGCGGCUCUCCUCGCAGCCGUCCAGUACAUCCCUCAGAUUUGGACUACAUACCAUCUCAAGCAUGUGGGCAGCCUCAGCAUUCCCAUGAUGUGCAUCCAAACACCCGGCGGGUUUGUUUUUGCAGCUAGCCUGUUCGCCCGACUCGGCUGGGCUGGCUGGAGUUCGUGGGGUAUAUUUGUCCUCACCGCCACAAUGCAGGGCGCUCUCCUGUCUCUGGCCAUUUACUACGAGAUCCAAGCCAACGCUAACGGCACCAACACCUCGAAGUCGCCGUCGCCGCUCUUGGGUCGGUCGCAUCAUGGUAACGGUUUCGAUGAUGAGGUCCACGCGAAUGGAUCAUCCAAUGGGCGAUCUGACUUGCAGGCUACUGAAGACCAGGACCUCGAUCUUGCGGCUGACACCACGCCGCUGCUUCAUGCUAGUCGGACCGGCGAUUCUCAGCGGAACUACGACACCAACCGGGAUUAG